AUUUUGCCAGCUGAUAAUGAUUUUAAGGUUAAGUUGGAAUUUUAAAGUUAUUCAAUGUUUUAUCUUGUUGUGUUUUUCAUUUACUAACAACGAUGUAGUAAAUAGUUUUUUGAUUAUGAAUACUGACCCUAUAAAUGGGACCAAACACUGGUUUAAUAAACUAUUUUGUGUAAUUUCUGUAUAAUAUAGUUAACCAAUUCUCAUGUAAAUAUACGCUUCUUCGAAUGGGGAAACAUAGGACUGAGGAACAUUUCAAAUACAAUGCCUCCAGACCUUCAACUAACAGAUUUACCGACGGAAAUUCUUUUAUGCAUUUUCAAAUUACUAGAUACAAAAACCCUUGGUUCUUUGAGUUGCUGUUGCAGGAGAUUCUACGAAUUGAUGCUGACUGAUCUGAUAUGGAUAGACCAUAGUAAAUCAGUGAUUAUAUGUAAUCAGUUAUCAGAAACUAUAUUAAAAAGGUCAAAAAAGUGUCUGAAAGCUAGAGAAAAAUGUCGAAUAUCUAUAAACUGGAAAGUAGGAAGCUACGAUGAGCAGAGUUAUUCAACGCGUGUCAAAUACAUGCCGUGGUUGGUAUUGGAGAGAGAUAGACUGUGGCUGAGUCGCGGAGAAAAACUGUUGGGCUUCGAUAGGCAUGAGGGAUAUUGGAGGCAUAUGAUCAAAUGGAAGAACCCAUCGGUGGUAUUGGACGAAGGAGGCCAUGUUUCAGACAUUUGGAAAUUCGUUGUCACUGACGAAAACAUCAUUAGCGGAAGUUUGGAUGGUAGUAUUUGUAUCUGGUCUGAAGAGAAAGGAGUGCUGCUUUCUAAAAAAGAGAAGUGCCAUGGUAGCAAAGCUGAUGUUCGCUGCAUAGAUAGUGCUCGGGAUAUCGUUGUUUCUGGAUCAAAUGGAAAAACAUUAAGGGUUUGGAAAUUGGAAGAUGGUUUUUUGGCUGACGUUCCUGAACAGAAUUUAUUUUUGCCAGACAGUAUUUGGUCUCUAGCUAUAGAACCUCACAGCAACACAGUCUGUUGCGGCACCAAUGGACUUCUAUCUUCCUCUUCUUUAAAGUUGUUCGAUUUAGAAAGUGGCAACGUUACAAAUUUUGACUUUGGAAUUCUUGGAGUAGCCAUUUCUGAUAUAAAAUGGCUUUCGACAGAAACAUUCCUAACCUGUGGUUUUGACUGUAUUGUGAAACUUUGGGAUAAAAGGUCAGUGACUCGCAACAGACAAACUGUAUUCUGUUCUCUGCGGAACCGCACAACAUGGUAGAAUACAGCUUUGGGAUUUGAGAUCAAGUGUCAGUGUUCAGAGUUACUUCUGCAAAUCGAUAGCUAGCAGUCCAGUUUAUUCAGUGUCAUUCGACCCGUGCUUUGUGUUUGCGGGACUUGAUUCAUCGCUCAACGUUCUCAACUUCUCUGGCCAACUGAAGGAGAGGAAGGAUUACAAAGUCACUUGGCAGAGGUUGCGUGGCUAUCGAACUUGAAAUCAAUCACAAGCCAAUAAUUAACUCUUGCUUCUCAAUGAAUCUGUGUAAUUAUUCUAGUCCAUGUAAACACGUAUUAAUAGUUAUGAAUUUUAAGGAGUUGGACCAGAAAGUAUGAAUGUUCGUAGCAUGAAUAUAAGUACAAAAUUAUAUGAGAAGUAAUUAAAAUAAAAAAAAAUCCAAAAAGAGUGUUAUAUUAAAUUUGUGGACUUUUAAGAAGUCUCUUGUUGUCACUGCAGUACUAUUAUAAUAUAAUAAUCCAAGGUAACACCCUUCAUAUAACUCUGAAUGUUUGUAUAUUUUUACACCCCUAAAUUGUGUACUAACUGGACUUAAAAGAAGUCUCUUGUUGUCAUUGUAGUACUAUUAUAAUAUAUAAUCCAAGGUAAAACCCUUCAUAUUAUUCUGAAUGUUUGUAUCUUUUUACACUCCUAAAUUGAAUUUGAGUCUGCUCAUUUACGAUCGUUCAUAACUUUCUGCAUGUCGUACUGUUGAUGUUGUCUUGAAUGAAAAUAAAUUGAUUAGAAAUAGGAUUUACUGCUCUUGAUGUUGGAAAAAUGUAAAAUUAAUAAUUGUUUGUUUUGCUUCAUCAACACUGGUCUCAUCACAAUACACAUUUUAUUGGGAAAAACUGAUCACAGGCUGGAAAACAUGACCAAACACGUACUUCAUACGUACGGAAUAUUUUCACUGUAUAUUAUACUACAAGAAACAAAUUAUUGUUUCUUGAAAUAAAUGUUACUUGGAUAAAAUUAAUCAAUUUCCUAUGUUUAUCUAUUAAUAAAAGUAAUAACGAUAACAGUAACCAGUACCUGAACGAAAUGUCUGUCUACGAAUGGAAACAACACAUUUUCACAGCAGAAUCUUGUAAAACAGUAAUUGUUAUUAGAAUUAUAAAAAAAAUGUUAUUUUAUAGUUUAUUAUGUGAUGAAGCAACAAUUUAGAUUAAUUCUGACUAGAUAAGAAGUCAUUUUAAAGAUAUAAAAAUUGAGUCUUAUUUUGAUGCAAAAAUGUAUAGUAUUAUUGAGAAGGUUAUAAAAUGUGAUUAGUAAUUGAAGUUUUUCAAUAGCUAAAAGAAGUCUCUUGCCAUAACGUGAAGCGAAUGCUUUGAAAAAUAUAUUCAUGUUAUAUUAAAUAAUUUCAUACAUACAUAUCUUCGAGUGGAAUUGUUUUUAAUGUAUAACAUUGAGUUGAAUAAAUAUUUUAAAGAUGUUAUUUAUGCCACAAAUGAAUAAAUAAAUGUAUUACCUAUGA